GGGUUAGUCCACCAGCUGGCGCCCGAGGUGCAUGCUGGGUGCAGCAGACGGUAAUUUACGACCCGGUGACCCCGGACGACAACACGGGGAAGUCGUGGGCGAUCCGGCCGGGGGCGCACGAUCCACUGGCAAUGCACUUGAGAAGGCUCCCCAACCUCGAGAAAACCUCCACCGAGCGCCCAGACAUUUCCGGCGGCGGUUCUGCGGGUACUUUACGGGAUGGGCGAACGAGUUGUAGUCGGCGGUAUGCGGUUGUGAUUUGAUGCGAGGGGGACGACUGCUGUCAACAUGAUGGCGGGGGCGCCGAGCACAGCUGGCGGAGCCGCCACGGCCACAUCUGGUCUGGCGGCGGCUGCCAACCAACAUGGCACCGUGUGCUUCGUGUGUGGCAGCGGCGGCGCCGGCUACCAGCUCCGAUCGCGCCCCGGAGCCGACACCGCCGCGGCCUACUUCCCCUUCCUGGAGUACCACGAGGCCCCUCCCGGCGGCCGGUCGCUGGCUCCCGACGGGGCCGCCGACGUCUGUUUCGUCUGCUACUCCUUCCUGUCCGAGCAGUGGAAUUCCUUCGAGCGGAUGCGAACGCCUCUUGCCAAGAGGCUCUACUGGCUGAAGAGGCCUCCCGGGUGCGGCUACCGGAGUGGUCACGACGCACAGCUCCGCUUUCAACAGGAGGAACUCCUGAAACUUAACGGUCAGGACGCGGCCGUGGUGGGCGGGGACGAGCUCGACUGGCCCGGGUAUGCCAGCGCUAGCGCUAGGGACGACGCGAGGAGCAGAGAUAAUACUACUAACGUUACUACUAACGAAACAACGUCAGCACUGAGAUUAUGUUACGUCUGCGGACAUAAGAAAGAUCGGAGACAUCUCCUUAGCGCACACACACGACCCCAACAUAACCCGAAGUCGCCGUUCUACCCGUGCCUGACCCGACAUGCCCCGCCCCCCGGGGCAACGCCCGUGGACCAGGACGGCACCGUCAUGAUCUGUGAGGGCUGUGAGAAGUUCCUGUUCAGGCAGUGGCAGGCCUUCCAGAGGAACAACAUCCCAGUCAUGGAGAGACAGUACCAGCUGCGAUCAGAGGUGUCCCACAAGGCAAGGUCCUCGGACCACAACACCACCAUGCCACAGGACAGAAACUCUCAAGAGGACGAUGACACGAUGAGGUGCUUCACCUGCGGGGUGACACAGCCGCUCAGCUCAGGCAGGUUCAUCUAUGCCAGGAAACACUCCAACGGGGACGCAUUCUUUCCCUUCCUGGAAAAACUGACUCCGCCUAAAGGUGCCAUGCCCCUGACGGCACAGGGUGUGACCCGGGUCUGUUACACCUGCCGUAACUCCCUGGACAGGCAAUGGAAAUCAUUUGAGGCAUCACGGACACCUGAGGAUGAACGUACGUACAGGGUACGUAAGGAGAGUGCCCAGAAGCCCUCCUCCCCCUCGAAUUCUCAGCCACUGGCAAAGUCUGCUGUUCCUAAGCCUCAGGGUUGCUACCUGUGUGGUAGCAUUCUCCCACUCUCAGGUGGUAAUGUUGUUAACUCCAAACCACCCACAAGUGAAGAGGACGAUACUCCAAACGUGAGGUACUUUCCUUUCCUCACCGACUACCCCCGGGCAAGCAAUGCCCACCCCCUGAAACGGGAUGGCACAGCCCAGGUGUGUGACACCUGUCAAUCAUGGUUAGACCAACAGUGGCACAUCUUACAAAUCAGGGGUGUUCCACCUCACCAGAUCGGGGGAUUCAUCAGUAACUUUAUGGUCCUGCCAGGUUCUUCAAGUUCAAGGGAAGAAACCGACGUCCCAAGGUCAUCACCCAUCUCAGAUCAAGAUGGUAGCAAAACAGGUACACGGGAAGAGGCCAGGAAAAAGUGCUUUAUUUGUGGCCAAAGUAUAACUACAGGAAGUAGUCAGCAAACAGUGUACACAUACCCGCGGACCAGGGAUGGUUGGUCGGACAGAGGCCCUUUCUUCCCGUUCCUGGCCACCUGUAACCCUGCACCAGGUGCUGAUCCGGUUCAGCCCAACGGCUCUGUGACCACCUGCCAGUUCUGCUACCACAACCUGCUGCAACAGUGGAACGAUUACGAGGACUCGCCCAGGAGCCCCGGCGAAACCAACCGCUGGCUGCGGCCGUACCACACACGAGAUUUCGUGUGCUACUGGUGUGCCGAACUCCGUCCCUUUGCGGUGGCAAAAGAAGUCUCGGUGAAACACUUCCCCUUUCUAACGGACCACCCCAGACCGAAGGGCUCCCUGGCACUAGAGGGAGGGAGCAGUGUACUAGUGUGUCCAGGAUGUCAUGAACUGAUGAAAAGUGUUGAAAAGACAACUGACUUCACACCUUCAGUAAUAAAGGGACCAGCCAUUGAUGAAAGCAAGAAGACUUCACACCUGUCCAGGAGAGCCGCACACCUGUUGCUGGUGUCAGGUGACGUGAGCACUGAGGUGUGUCUGUCGGGGGUAACAGGACACACCAGGGGUAAUGCACCGUAAC